GUGGAGGACCAGAUGAAGCUUCUGCAGGCCACGUGGUCGGUGAUCAUGAUCCUAGAUCACAUCCACCAGCGACUGCACAACAAUCUGCCUGACAGCACAACGCUGCCCAACGGGCAGAAGUUUGACCUGCUGACACUCAGCCUGUUCGGCAUGACCGAGCUGGUGCCGCAGCUCAACGACGUGACGGCGCGGCUGCAGGAGCUCAGCUUCGACGUCAGCGACUACAUCUGCCUCAAGUUCGUCCUUCUGCUAGACCCCAACAUGCAGACGCUGGGCAACCGGCGGCAUGUGCAGCAGGCGCAGGACCAGGUGAAGCAGGCCCACAUGGACUACUGCAGCACCGUCCACACGGACAUACAGGGCAAGUACCAGCGUCUGAUGGCGCUGCUGCCGGAGCUGCGGGAGCUGGCGCUGCGCGGCGAGGACUACCUGUACCAGAAGCAUGACACCAACAGCGCCACCUCGCUCCUCAUCGAGAUGCUGCACGCUCGCAGGCUUCUAGGGCGAGUGCCAGCGCAGUGAACCGGGCCGGGCCGGGCCGGCGGCGGCGGAGCGGCCGGCCGCCGGCGCCUCUCGGGCCCGAUAUUACCAGUACAAACGCCGAGGCCGCAUCAUCAUCCCUACGCUGGCGCCGCCUGGCGGCCGCCGCGCCCACCGACGGUGCGCCGGCCGCCCGCCAGGGACGGACGCCAUCAUUGUGAGCAUUGGCGGGCGGUGUGUCAGUGAGUGAGCGCGUGAGAGUGGGGAGGCGGGGCGCGGCCGCCGCGGUGCGAUUUCGGCAGAGACAGGACUCGGUGGACGUCGCGCCUCGCAGCACACACUGCCCUUCCUCUGCUGUCACCGGCUCCUGCUCCUCUCUCCGUCUCACUCUUCCGCCCGACGCUAGUCUGCGCGCCCUUCUCACUUGCUGUAUCUGUGGUUGUGUGCCCGUGGUGAGAGCACGCUGUGAAGGGGUUAUUUUUGGUACACUCUAUGCGGCUGCGUUGUUGAGAUGGGUCGGGCCGCUUGGCCCAACUGCGAUUGAGUAGUUAGCUGUUGCGCGAUGUCACAAAGACUGGCACAGUCGUUAACAGCGUUUCUGGAGUGGUGUGACGUUAGGCGCGGACGAAGGCUCUGUAUGGUGUGUGCGCAGGCGUGUUCGGUAUGCACAAGGCGUUAGCUGUUCGGGCGCUGUACGUAACAUGGGCCGACGUACCUGAGACCGUUACAGAAAUCUGUAUUUUGCUACAUGAAGUGAUUUAAGCCGGCGUCGGCUGGACGGCGAUCAGAAGCGUGUUUUAUUUCUGGCACGUGCGGCGGCGGCGGCGGCGUGCCGCCUGGUGUGGCUGAGUGGGGCGGUGCGCGGCGGCCCCGGCUCGAGCGCGCCGCCCCCGCCCGUCUGGCCGGCGACGGCGACCGGUGCGCGUCCUCCCGACGGACCUCUUUUGUUACCAUAUUGUUAUAAAUUAUGGAGGCGGCGGGUGGGAGCGAGUGAGGCGUCGGGCGCCAGCGCCGGCGCCCCGCGCGCGCGCGCGUCGCCAGCCCGCGUGACCGACCACCGGUGUGCAGUAGUGGGGAGUAGGCUUUUGACUGCGCUGUCGCUCUGUCUGCCUCUAUGGCGAAAACGGGGACAUUCCGGGAAUAGGGCAUUAAGAUGUGUACUGUGCACGUGCCUGCUGUCGAGGUUCGCCUCCCGUAGCCGUGUGUCCGUGUCGUGUGCGUGGCUGAGCGUGCCUGAGCGUGAAUGGGGGUACGCGGUUCAACCGCGUGCCUUUUAGAGCCGUGCGCGUGCUGGUGUGCGAGUGCUGUCCGGUUCGCUGGCGUGGCUUGCGAACCAAGAGUGGGUGAGAAUAAAAUAUUGUGGUGAGCCUCAUGUCUUUCCUGGAGUGGAUCGUGUGCGGCCAGCUGUUUCGGCGUUUCCGGGCUCUAGGCUUCUGACCUUUUCCCCGCUUGCUCAUGGUAGCGCUAGGCAUCAUGCAUCCAUUAGUGUUUAGCAGUCUGUGUUGACAUCGCACUAGUCAUGUGGUUAUUUUUGCUAGUCAUCUCGACUUGUGUUCAGUAUGCUUUUAGCGCGGCCGUCGUCCCUGGACGGCGGUGCGGGCGCGGGCGCGGCGAAUCGUGAGGUGUUUGUGUAACAUUCCAUGCGCGUCUGUCUAGGGGUGUAGCGUCGGGUUGUGGCAUCUCUUGACCGGUGGUCGGUCCCGGGCGGGGUGGGCGCCGCCGGCGCGCCGGCCGGGGCGGUCGCGGCGGCGCGUCUGUCUGUCUGCCUGUCUGUCUGCCUGCCUGCCUGUCCGUCUGCGUGUGACGCCCGCGAGUGAUGGUGGCGAGAGACGCCAUUUUAGUCUGCUAGAGCACAUUGGAGACGUGAUUCCCUGUGGGACUCGUGUGGAAGGAAAUAAAGGUAUAUCACCAGCCUU